CGCGUGCGCAUGAGCAGCAUCAAGACUCUCACCUUCUACGCAGGCAAGAAGACUGCCUACCGGCGUACCUCACCCCUUCCUCAGCUAACCUGCAAGGGCAGAGAAUGCUCUCGGUACACACCAGACGUUAUCUCCUGUCAAAGCUUAGGAGACGAGCAGUGGCGUUGCGAAGCAGACCUUCCACCUUCCAUACGCAUGGGCCGGGUGGAAGUCUCAUGCGAAGGGUAUGAGGCGCCAAACGACCCAUACGUCCUCAAAGGCUCUUGCGCUCUGACCUAUCAGCUUCUACCGGCUUCAAAGGCUUUCAGCUCGGAGGAUGAUGAC